AUGUCUGGUCACGCCUUUGCAUCCGUCAUCUACGGUCGACUGUUCGUCACGCUCCCCGUUCCCAGCACGACAACCGACCUUUCGAACCAAACCAUCAUCGUCACCGGCUCAAACACGGGCCUCGGCCUCGAGUCUACUCGCCAUCUGUCCCGUCUUGGCGUCGGCAAAAUCAUCAUGGCCGUCAGAACCGUUUCGAAAGGCGAAGCAGCCAAGAAGGAGAUUCUCAAAUCCACAGGCAAGCCAGAUUCUACCAUUGAAAUCUGGCCAAUCGACAUGGACAGCCAGGACUCGGUCAAAGCAUUCGCCGAGCGGGCUUCUCAGCUGCCUCGAUUAGAUGGUGUGUUGGCCAACGCAGGCCUCAUGACUACGCAAUUCACCCUCAGCGAAGGCAAUGAAAAGACUCUCAAUGUCAACGUCGUCAACACGUUUCUCCUCUUCUUCCUCCUCCUCCCGGCAAUGCGCAGAUCCGAGCAGCAGACUGGUUUUGCAUGCCGGUUUGUGAUUGUCAACAGCGCGCUGCACAUGGCCGCUCCUCUGGCCGAGCUCGAUGCGCCGGUAAUCUUUGAUCGACUCAAUGACUCAAAGCAAGCGCUCAUGAGCGGGAGAUAUCCUCUGUCGAAGCUUCUUGUGCUCUAUGCGACCCGCGAGAUCGCCGAGAGAGCCAAGUCGUCCAACAAGGGCAAAUUCAUCAUCAACUCGCCGAAUCCAAGCUGGUGCAAGUCCGAUCUGGGCAAGGAGAUGGAGUCAUUUGGCUACAACGUGGCUGAAAAGAUUAUGGCUCGGUCUACAGAAGAGGGAAGCCGCGCUUUGGUGCAUGGCCUGCUCUCUGAUGAAACGAGCAACGGCCAAUACCUGUCAAACUGUCAUGUACAAGUCCCGGCAAAGCAUGUUACCAACCAGUGGGGCCAGAAAGUACAGAGGAAAUUCUUUGAAGAGCUUGUGGGCAAGCUUGAGGCCAUUGCUCCAGGAGUGACGUCUAGUCUUUGA